GAAUAUCAUCAUUAACCUGGACAGCCUUCGACAUUUGGUUGAGCAUACAAGUCACGUUUCAGAUAUGAUUGCUUCCAUUUAAUAUAACAAAUUAAACGUUCUCUCUUUUCUCUUUCCAACAACCAAACUCCCUUCUUCCUCGCGGUUAGUCUCUGAAGCUCUGAAAGAGAGAGCCAGAGCCAAAGAGAUGCUUCUCGGUCAUUUGUUGAGCUCGCAGCCAUGCGUUUUGGCUCCUCGGUUUUCGGCUCCAUCUCGCUCUAGCUCCUCCUCUUCAAAGAAGAGAAAAUCAAUGGCGUACCACUUUUGGUGGAUCCAGUCUUCGGCUCUACAGGAACAUAAUUUAAAGUCACAAGAUGCAGGUAAGUGGGAGACUUGUUCUCAAAGGACAUGGGAUAACUUGGAUUCUACCAUGCAAAUACGUUUGGGUUCUAAGUUUUGUAGGAUGGACCAGAAUGAUACUCAGGGUUACCGAGCUGAACUGAUGGUUGGAACAUUGUCUUCAUAUUUCCUUCUUAAAUUGACAGAAGUGAAUUUUGGAAAUAUCUUUGCAAAGAUGAUCCAAGACUUACUUCCUUUUGUGGUUCGGAAUUUUGGGACUACGGGAGUGCCUUUUGCUUGUAUGUCUAAUUCCUUGAAUAAACCCAUGCCUCUUAAGUUGGAUGUGUCCUUGCCUUCAUUUCAAGAUGUAAAAUGGAGCUUUGCACGGUUACUAUAUUUGUUCAACAGCCAACUUGAGAAAAAUGUUGCCACGUUCCUUGUAGUACUACUUGUAGUGUGCUUCUCAUUUGUCAUCAUUGGUGGUUUUCUGUUCUUCAAGUUCAGGGGUCAUACACAAUCUUUGGAAGACUGCUUAUGGGAGGCUUGGGCCUGCCUUUGUUCAUCAUCCACUCAUUUAAAACAAAGAACACGGAUUGAGCGUGUUGUUGGCCUCCUUCUUGCUAUCUGGGGCAUAUUGGUUUAUUCUCGACUAGUAAGCACAAUGACUGAGCAGUUCAGAAAUAAUAUGCAAAGGCUCAGGGAAGGGGCACAAGUGCAAGUUCUGGAGAAUGAUCAUAUCAUUAUUUGUGGUGUUAACAGUCAGCUAAAUUUCAUUCUGAAGCAAUUAAAUAAAUAUCAUGAGUUCGCUGUUCGCUUAGGUACUGCUACAGCUAGGAGGCAGAGAAUUCUUUUGAUGUCAGAUCUUCCUAGGAAGCAGAUUGAUAAACUUGCUGACAGUAUUACCAAAGAUCUUAACCAUGUUGAUGUGCUUACAAAGAGUUGCAGCCUCAACUUAACAAAAUCAUUCGAAAGAGCUGCUGCCAACAAAGCUCGUGCCAUUAUUAUUUUGCCAACUAAAGAAGAUAGGUACGAAUUUAAUACUGAUGCAUUUCUAUCAGUACUAGCCCUUCAACCAAUUCCAAAUAUGGAAUCUGUUCCCACAAUUGUUGAGGUUUCAGAUUCUAAUGCAUGUGAGCUUCUAAAAUCAAUAUCAGGAUUGAAAGUAGAGCCAGUAGAAAAUGUUGCAUCCAAAUUAUUUGUUCAGUGCUCUCGGCAGAAGGGGCUCAUAAAGAUUUACAAACACUUGCUCAAUUAUCAAAAAAAUGUAUUUAAUCUCUGCAGUUUUCCUAACUUAGCUGGAAUGAAGUAUAGGCAACUAAGGCGUGGUUUUCAAGAGGCAGUUGUUUGUGGUCUUCAUCGGAAUGGAAAGAUAUACUUCCACCCAAAGGAUGAAGAAAUCCUACAGCAAACUGACAAAGUUUUGUUCAUAGCACCUAUUCAUGGGAAAAAGAAGCCCCAGAUUGCAUACUCAAAUGUUGUUGAAGGAAAUAAAUCUGUUCUAGAUUUAGAACCAGCAAAUAAUGGUGAUACUUCGGAUCAUGCACUAGAAUUGAGGAAAUCAAGACUUGAAGUAAUUGUAAAGCGUCCCAACAAACGAGGAUCAAAAGCAUCAGAUUGGAGUUUCGGACCAACAGAAUGCAUACUUUUGGUUGGGUGGCGUCCUGAUGUUGUUGAAAUGAUUGAAGAGUAUGAUAAUUAUCUUGGACCUGGCAGUGUGUUGGAAAUAUUAUCAAGUGUGCCAAUAGAUGACAGGAAGAGGGCAAGCAUUGCUCUUGGUCAUGGUAAACUCAAGAAUGUCCAGGUCUCCCAUAGGAUUGGGAACCCUAUGGACUAUGAUACUUUGAAGGAAACUAUAACAAGUAUUCAACAUACAUUAAAAAAUAGUGAAGAUAUUCCCUUUUCUAUUGUUGUUAUAUCUGAUAGAGAAUCGCUUGUUGGAGAUCCAACCAGGGCAGAUAAACAAUCGGCAUAUUCUCUUCUUCUUGCUGAAAUUAUCUGCAACAAAAUAGGGGUAAAGGCACAAAAUCUAGUUGCCGAGAUUGUUGACUCAAAAUUGGGAAAGCAAAUUACAAGGAUUAAACCAUCUGUGACUUAUAUAGCAGCUAAGGAAGUAAUGAGCCUUGUAACAGCUCAAGUUGCGGAGAACAGUGAACUGAAUGAGGUGUGGAAAGACAUUCUUAAUGCAGAAGGUGAUGAAAUAUAUGUAAAGGAUGUUAGCCUUUACAUGAAAGAGGGCGAGAAUCCGUCAUUCUCUGAGCUGGCUGAGAGGGCACAUUUGCGGCAAGAGGUUGCCAUCGGUUAUGUAAAAGACAACAAAAAGGUUAUCAAUCCACCUUCCAAGUCCAAACCCCUAUUCCUUAAAUUGACUGACUCAUUAAUCGUUAUAUCUGAACUUGAAGGAGAGCAACCCAUCAUCGAGUAAAUCUUCGUUCUUUCUUGCUUCCUGUUUCUCUUUUUGUCAUUGCAGGCGCAGCCGUGAACAUGAAGUUUCUUCUAAAAAGGUAUUCACUAAAAUUUUCACCAGAGAAUGCGAGUAUUCAAGCUGUAGAUCUAUGAGAAAACCAUUUGCUCAAUUUGUGAUUGUAACAAUGAGGUACGCAAGAAAUGAGGUCUUGUAAAUUUCUCUUCACGUUUCUAGUAGCUGAAGUAAAGUCAAAUAAUUUUGUCUUCUAAAUAAAUACUUAACAGAGUCCAGCUAUAUCAACUUAAAUUUUUCA